CCAUCAUCCUUUUUAAUAGUUUGUUAACUUUUAGAAGAAAAAAAUGAGGGGGAAGUUUAAACCAACACAGGGAUUGUCAACAGAAAACACAGAAACUUGGAACGUUAUACCAAAGACAUAUACCUCUGCCAGAUCAGAAGUUAAACAACAUAAGGGAAAUAUAAUCAAAACAACAAAAUAUACAUGGCUAACUUUUUUUCCAAAAAAUAUCUUUGAACAGUUUCAUCGUUUUGCAAAUGUAUAUUUCUUGUUCAUUAUCAUCCUCAAUUGGAUUCCAUUAGUAAAUGCAUUUGGCAAAGAAAUUGCUAUGCUUCCCCUAAUAUUUGUACUAGCCGUGACUGCAAUUAAAGAUUUAAUUGAAGAUAGACAGCGUUAUAAUUCCGAUAAAGUAGUUAACAAUCGUAUGUCAGAUGUUUAUAACAGUGAUUCUGAUACAUAUCUUCAGAAAAAGUGGAAGGACAUACAAGUAGGAGACAUUGUCAAAUUGUAUGACAACGAAAUUAUUCCAGCAGAUAUAUUAAUUGUAAAUUCAAGUGAUGAGAAUGGGAUUUGCCAUGUGUCUACUGCAAAUUUGGAUGGUGAAAAUAAUUUGAAGCAGAAACAAGUACCUAAAGGUUUUAUUGAGGAUGAUAAAGAUUUUCAAACAAAAGAUAUUUUAUUUCAAAUAAAAUGUGAAAAACCGAAUAAUCAGUUACACAACUUUUACGGAUAUAUAAUACAUCAAGACGGUUCUGAGUUAGGAGUUGAUAAGGAUAACCUUCUUCUGCGAGGUUGCACAAUAAGAAAUACAGAAUAUCUUACUGGGAUUGUCAUAUAUGCAGGCCAUGAUACAAAAGCCAUGUUAAAUAACACAGGAUGUCGUUACAAGCGGAGCCGACUGGAAAAAGACAUCAACAAAGAUGUAGUUGCUUGUGUUGCUAUUCUGUUUACACUAUGUUUUGUUGGAGCGUUAGGUUGUGGUUUUUGGACCGGUGAGCAUGACAAGUUCGAAGAAUUAUACUCGACAGAUGAAGCAAAAGCUCCUAAAGUGGAAGGGUUUUUACGAUUCUGGACCUUUAUUAUUAUCUUGCAGGUGAUUAUACCAAUCUCUCUGUAUGUAUCAGUUGAACUUGUGAAACUUGGCCAAGUCUAUUUUAUUAACAACGACAAAGAAAUGUUCUAUGCAGAGACAUCUCAAUACCGUGUUUGCAGAGCAACAAAUAUCAAUGAAGAUUUGGGUCAAAUUGAGUAUGUGUUUUCAGAUAAAACUGGAACUCUCACAGAAAAUAAAAUGGUAUUCAAAAAAUAUUCAAUAUAUGGCAUCUCUGGUGACCAUCCAGAAGGUGCUGAUGACAAUGAUACUGCUGGACAGUGUCAGCACCUAACAGAGAACAUGCGUAGUGAAAUGGGUGCUAAAUCUCAGUAUGCAUGGGACGAAUUUUAUACUGCGUUAGCCAUAUGUAACACAGUGGUCGUAUCACAGCAACCUCUUGUGACGAAUGACAAUACAUUGGAAUCUUCUCUAGAUGUCACCUUGCCAUAUGAUGCGCCAUCAAGAAAAACUUCCGUACCGAAUGGCUCCACGAAAAAACUUUCAGUGACUAGUCUAAGCAGACAAAUGCGUUCACAGACUUUACCUCCGAAUAUAAUUAUCGAACAAGAGACAGAUGGAAACAAUGUAGCAGGCACGCCAAAUAGGGAACCUGGUUCCGAUUUUUUAAACAUCGAAUUUCCUCCACGAGUCCGAAUGUUUUCAAAAGCCAUGUCAGACCGGUUGUCAAGAAGCAUCGAAAGUAUAAAUAGUUGGAUGCACUAUGGGCUAGUACCUACCUAUGAGUUUGAAUCUCCAGAUGAAGGUGCUCUAGUGAAAGCAGCUGCAGCUUAUGGUUACAAACUAGCUAACAGAACUCCGGAACAAAUUUUUUUUACAACUCCUACUGGUGAUAUUAAAGUUUACGAUAUUUUGCAAGUUCUGCAAUUUGACUCUGCUCGCAAGCGCAUGUCAAUCAUUGUAAGAGAUGAUAUGGGUAAAAUUAAAAUGUACAGUAAAGGCGCUGACACUGCAAUCAUGCUAUAUUUGCACCAUGAUCAAGAUGAGCUGCAGCAAGUUACUGACGCUCAUUUGGAGGUGUUUGCUCGAGAAGGUCUACGCACUUUAUGUGUAGCAAAAAGGGAUUUGACAGAAGAGGAAUAUACAAACUGGCUAGUGCAACACGAAGAAGCAAAAGUAGCACUUCGUGAUCGUGAUCAAAAACUUGCUGCAUCAGCAGAAUUUAUCGAAAGGAAGUUUACCUUGCUUGGUGCAACUGGUAUCGAGGACAGACUGCAAGAGGGUGUUUCAGAAACUAUUUCUUCGUUACGAAAUGCAGGCAUCAAAUUGUGGAUUCUGACUGGCGACAAACAGGAAACAGCUGUCAAUAUCGGUUUUUCAUGCAAACUUCUCGACCCAGCCAUGGAGAUUAUCACGGUUAAUUCUCACACAAAAAGCGAAUGUAACGAAUUGUUGGAUCAAAUCUCUCAAAGAGUGAAUUCAAAAUGGCCAAGUUAUACUGUGCUUCCAACGAGCAGCUUGGGUGCAAGUGCUGGUAAUGGAAGACCACCUCUCGCUAUGAUCAUUGAUGGUAUUACGUUGGGCUUCGCACUGGAAAAACCUUUGGAUAAAAAGUUUAUCGAGAUUGCUAAGCAUUGCGAUGCGGUGGUUUGUUGUCGUGCUGCACCCCUACAAAAGGCCGCAGUCGUUUCUUUGGUUCGUGAAAAUUUGAAGGUGAUGACCCUAGCAAUCGGUGAUGGAGCGAAUGACGUCAGCAUGUUACAAAUGGCAGAGAUUGGAGUAGGAAUUGCGGGGCAAGAAGGUGUGCAAGCUGUAAUGGCGAGUGAUUUUGUGUUAGGGAGAUUUCGAUUUUUAAAAAGACUUCUUCUGCUUCAUGGUUUUUGGUGUUAUGAUCGCAUUGCUCGCAUGAUUGUCUAUUUUUUCUAUAAAAACGCUAUGUUUGUCAUGUUGUUAUUUUGGUAUCAACUCUGCAAUGGCUUCUCUGGUUCGAACGCCAUCGAUGAUAUAUCAUUGAUCUUAUUUAACUUAGCUUUUACAUCACUACCACCGAUCAUAGCUGGUAUCUUCGAUCAAAGUUUAUGUGAAGAAUCUGUACUUAGAAGACCAUUACUUUAUCAAUGGGGACAGUUAGGGAAAGCAUACUCGAGAAAGUUAUUUUGGUUAGCGAUGCUUGACGCUGUUUAUCAAAGUUUAGUUCUGUUUUUUAUACCGUAUUUUACAUAUUACUCCAUGGACUUUGGAAUGUUAAUUGCAGGCGUCACCUUUCACCAAUUGGCGGUAGUGACGGCUUCGCUCCACAUCGCUGUUGAAACUCCGAACUGGACUAUUGUUCAUUAUGUCACCAUUCUUGGCAGUGCAGUUUUGUCUUACGUGUAUUUUUUUAUUUAUUCUGCUAUCUCACCGUCAAUAAAUAUAUACUGGACUAUUUUUGAGUUAAUGGGCACAUCCCAGUUCUGGUUGCUAACGUUUUUGUGUCCUCUGCUGGCGCUGCUACCAAGAAUAUUGUUCCGUACUUUUCAAACAACUUUAAAACCGUCGGUUAUUCAGCAGGUUAAAAAACAUCUUCACAACGAUGUGAAACAAGAAAUAGAAAAUCUUCAAAAUUUUAGCGAGAGUUCAUUCAGACCAGAUGAAAACAUCACACACAGAAGCACACCCACGUAAUAGAAAUAUAUACUUUUUAUUUUUAUUUAUUUCUACAAAUUCGAUAAUUUAUAUAAUAAUUUAAUUAACUUGGGUAUGAGAUCAGGAGAAGUCAAGAGAAUUGCAAAUGAGUGGCAAACUGCGAGCUUAGUCUUGUAUUCUUUGUAAAUAGUUAUUUCCCGCAUGGUUAUUCACAAUAAUGAAAUGGCAAUUCUCUUUUAUGAAUGUUUUUUAAAGAUUUUAUACGUGUUGUUGUUUUGUUGUGGCGUGUACGGGAAAAGGUUUUUUAUUAGCUAUUUCGUUUUUUUCUCGGAGUAUUUUUUCUAUUGUAAGUAGGCUGUAAAAAUUCGUAUAUUUUUAUAAAGAAAUUAGAGCCUCUGA